AUCAGUCGCGGUGCCUGCCUGGUGCUGAUUGCCAGUCGCGGUGUCAGUCUAUAGAGGCAGUAGCGGGACAGUGACCACUGACCAGUGCAGAGUGGCCUGUUCGUGACGCAACGAUGGCCACCAACCUGCAAAAUCUGACAGAGAAAACCGACUCAGAUAGCUCGUGGAUACAUAAGUGCAUAACUGUUCUGUUUAUGGCCAGCGGGUUCUUUCUGGUGCUGCUGGUCUACGGUAGCGGGCCGUGGCAGCCAGCUAACUGGCCGCCGCUUACCGAGGUAGUCGAGCAGCAGCAGCUCGACCCGGACCGCAGCGAAGAUGAAUCAUGGAAACGGUUUAUUCAAACAAGAGGAAAAAAUCGCACAGUGAAUUCUCGUAUUGUCUUCUACAACCGAGUAGAUAAAUGUGGCAGUUCCUCGCUCACAACGCUUAUCAAAAGACUUGUUAUGAGGAACCGGAAGUUCACUACGUCAAGUUCAGAGGUAUAUUUUCGACGAUAUCUAAAUGAUACCGAUCAACUAGCGGUCAUCAAGAAACUCAUCAAGCAGUCCAAGAAGAAACCUCUGAUAUUUGAUCGGCAUGUCUAUUACAUUGACUUUGCCGAGUUCAACCGAAGUGAGCCUAUUUACAUAAAUCUCAUCCGACACCCUGUCCAGCGGUUCAUCUCGUUCUUCCACUACCUGAGGCUGGAUAAACGCUACAAGAAGGCGACCCAGAGACCCAAACGUCAAUGGUUCAACAAGAGCUUGAAUGAGUGCGUUAUAAGCGGCGACCCUGAAUGCGCAAUGACAGACACAUACCUUCAUAAGGGCCCCAAGGGUAAUGAGGUGUUUCACCCCAUGACGUCCUUCUUUUGCGGCCACGAGCCGGUAUGCAGAGAGUUCAACAACAGGGUAGCCCUGCAGAGGGCACUUGAGAACCUGGAGAAGAAGUACGCGGUCGUGGGCAUCUUAGAGACACUGGACAGAUCUCUGCAAGUCUUUCAAGCCUUCGUGCCUAUGUACUUCCGAAAUGCUGUCAAACUAUUUGGCAAAUCUCCCUUGAAAUCGAACACGAACCAGCACGAACCGGCCACAGCGGCUGUAGAAGAGGAGCUGGCGAGUCGCCUUUGGGCUGAUAUCGAACUCUACAGGUUCGCCGAGCAGCGACUCUACCUGCAGUACCGCAGCAUAGGGGGCCGCGUACCUCCAGGAGCCAAGUUUUAGCUGUGCUGUCGCAGCGUAGGGACUAGAGGUGGCAAAAUGUGGACCCGAGGACGCGGUCCAUAGAACCGGUCUGGACACAUAUGGGUCCAGACCGGGUCCCCGAAAUUUCCUGACGGGUCCAACCGGGCCCAACCAUAAGCCAUUAGGUGCUUCUUACCUACAUACUAAACCUGGUUGCAAAAUAUGAAAUGAAUAAAAAAAAUAUCAUGUUACGUUCCCUUGCACACUGUAGCUCGUAAUAAUUUUCAGUGGAAAAAAGGUUGUUUUACUUGAUGCAACUAAUGAUACCUACAAAUAGUUUGUGUUCAUCGACUUAUGGAGAACGGGCCCAACUGGUCCCGAUUCCAACUUAGACCGGGUCUGACUGGUUCUAGAAAUGUCCAGACGGGUCUGGUUUGAGUCUGGUUCCAAAAUUUUCACCUUUUGCCACCACUAGUGGGGACUGAGUGGCUCCGUGAGCACUACUACGGCUGCAUUAUCGCAGCAUUAGAGUCGAGGUGCUACCGUAUAUCGUCUGCUCGUAUAUCCGUCCUUUCCUGCCUACGAUGUGAUAAUUAUUGAUAACGGCCGCACGUAAAAAACUGCAGGUAGGGGCCAGGCGGCCUCAUUUGUGAGUGCGGAAACUCAGCCAAUGAUAUAACUAGUUAGUAGCUACUAUAUAGGCAAAGAGAAAUGUCAGACAUGGCAUAGACGGGAAUCGGUGUCACGCAAUGUGUUGUAAUAAUGCUGUCAAUAAGGCUGCGAUAAUUACGUCGCCAUGCGUCGUUUUCACCGUUAGUCAGCGAUCAUUAUAUAAUUUUCAAUAUCAUGUCAUCCUAGCGGACAAACACUUUUUGAUGACAGUUAUGUUGUGCGCAGGUUAUAAUAAGACAGGGUGGCAUAUGCAUUGUAAUUAGGCUGGGUUUUGGAUGUGAGGUGGUUGGACUGCGAGCUGAAAGCGAGACAGAUCUAAAAACGGCGACCGAGCGGUCGGGUUCUUCUGGUCGUCCCGGCGUCGUGUUAAGCUCGAUGGGUGGUCGCGAGCUUGUGCGUGCAUGCAUUCAUCUAUAUCGCGCUCAAAGGGUUACAUGCACCCGCCCCCCCCCCCCCACGGGCCCGUGGGGUAGCCCGCUCCAACGGCAACCUUCAAAGCAGGCUCUGACAUUGUUCAACCGAGUACCGACGAGCUGGAGAUGUAGAUAGAUUGAGGCUGCCUUGGUUGUUUAUCGAAGAACUUUCAAUAUGCAUUAUGGAAUAUGCAUGCCUUUUGUAUGUGUAGUUAGGUAUAUGUAGUAAGGCCAGAAAUUUGUGAUGUGAUAAUAGGUGCAUUGAGUCGAUAUUUGAUAGCGGUGAUUUUUUGUAUCGGGAUUCAUUGAACGAAUUGGACGUGCGGGGUGGAAUGAGCAAUUAUGUGUCAAUAAACUGGUGAUGUUG